AUGUAUAACGGCAUAGGUAUCCAAACAGCGCGCGGUACUGGUACAAAUGGUUAUGUUCAACGAAAUUUAUCGUUCGUUCCAACCAAGCGUGAACGUGUCGAAUAUGUCAAAGAUGUUGAACUGAAAAAGCUCGAAACUUUAAUUGAAAAGAAGGGAAAUGCGGAAAUUCUUGAACACGAAAGAAAACGUCGCAUUGAAGUCAAAUGUAUGGAAAUGCGUGACAUGAUGUUAAACAAUGGGUACGACGAACAAGUAACAAGUGAAAAAGUUCAAAAGUUCCGUGACAUGCUCGUUGAACGCGAAGGUCUUUAUGACAAAACCGAUAUUGACUAUGAUGAAUUCGGACGUCCUCUAUCCAAAGAGACUCAUCAAAUGGCACACGCAAAUGACGAAAAAAAUCGAAGACUACGCGAAGCAUUCGGUAUUGCAGAGUUCGAUAAAAAGAAAAUUGUUCAGCAAAAGAUCGACGAAGCCAAAGAACUCGAACGUCGUAAAGUGGAAUUAGCCAAUAAACAAUACGCAAUCGUUCAAGAGGACGAGGAAGAAGAGGAUAACGAGCCACCAGUAGUGGAAGAACAACAACAACCAACAAAAAGUGAUAAAGAGAAAAAGGAUCGUCAUAAAUCGCGUGAGGAGAAGAAACGUAAAACAUCACCAGAACCAACUAAAGAACGUAGUAGUCAUAAACAUUCGAAAAAACACCGAAGAGAUCAUAGUCGUGACAAGGAAGAAUCCCGGCACCGAAGAGAUCGCAGUGGUGACAAAGAAGAGUCACGUCGUCGUCGACACCGUGAACGGUCAUCAUCGGAUUAA